UCUUCUUCCUGUCUUCAUUAUCAUGACUGCUCCUACCUUAGUUCCUGAAAGCGCGUUAACUACUGAACCUGAACGUCUUUGGACACCUUCCAAUGUUCAAGACACGCAUAUGGAGAAGUUUCGCCUUCUUAUGCAAUCUAAAUACAAAGAUACAACAUUAGAUGACUAUCAAGCACUCUGGCAAUGGUCUGUGAAUUAUCCUGAGUUGUUCUGGUCCGAAGUAUGGGACUACACAAACAUUAUUUCCUCCAAUAAAGGGGAGCAUGUAAUUGACAAGUCUGAAAAGAUGGACAGUAUUCCUGUAUGGUUUAAGGAAUCUCGUCUUAAUUUUGCUGAGAACUUGUUAUGGUGUAAAGAUGCAAGCAAGGUUGCUAUUAUCGCUACAGGUGAAGGACGCGAUAAGCAUACCAUUAGUUAUGGACAACUUUAUCAAGAUGUCUUGAAAUUUGCAGAGGCACUCAAAUCAUUGGGUGUUCAAAAAGGAGAUCGUGUAGCUGCUUAUAUUCCCAAUUGUGUAGAAGCUGUGAUUGCCAUGUUGGCCACAACAAGUAUUGGCGCACUUUGGAGUUCUACUUCCCCUGAUUUUGGCACCACUGGUGUGCUUGAUCGAUUUAGUCAAAUUCAACCCAAAGUCUUGAUCUCUGUCAACAAAGUCAUUUAUAAUGGCAAGACAUUAGACCAUAUCCCCAAAUUAGCUACUGUAGUCAAAGGUCUUCCAUGUCUUCAAAAGGUUGUCCUUAUUCCUUUUGUGGGUGAAUUGGAACACUAUGAUAUUCCUAACCUUGUGUCUUGGUCUGACUUUUCAAACAGUGUUCCUGUAGAUCAAUUACCUUCUGAAAUCCGAUUUGAACAAGUACCAUUCAACCACCCCGCUUUUAUUUUGUUCAGUUCUGGUACAACAGGUCUGCCCAAAUGUAUUGUUCAUUCAGGUGCUGGUCUUUUACUUCAACUCAAGAAAGAACAUAUGAUUCACGGCAAUAUGGGCCCUGAAGAUGUCUUUUUCUACUACACGACUACUGGUUGGAUGAUGUGGAACUGGCUUACUUCAGCACUCAGUGUAGGUGCCACCAUUGUUCUCUGGGAUGGUAGCCCAUUCAAGCCUGCUCCUAUCUCCUUAUGGGAACUAUCCGAUGCAUUAGGUGUCACUCAUUUCGGUACUUCUGCUAAAUACAUCCAAUCUUUACAAGAAGCUGGUGUCCAUCCUAUCAAAGAAUGCAAGCUUGAUACAUUGAAGGCUGUGUAUUCGACUGGAUCACCACUGAAGCCUGAGAGCUUUGAUUUUGUCUAUCAAUAUAUCAAGAAAGAUAUCAUGUUGGGCAGCAUCACAGGUGGUACUGACAUUUGUUCUCUUUUUGCUGGUCAUAAUGCUGCGCUUCCUGUCUAUCGUGGUGAGAUUCAGUGUGUGUGUCUUGGCAUGAACAUUCAAGCUUGGGAUGAUGUUGAAAAGCCAGUCUAUGCUAAGGCUGCUGAUCUAGUCUGUAUCACACCUUUCCCCUGUAUGCCGGUUGAAAUGUAUGGCGAUGGACCUGAAAGACAGAAAUACAAGAGUGCUUAUUUCGAUGUCUAUCCUCAUAUUUGGUACCAUGGUGACUUUGUUUGGAUGAAUCCCAAGACAGGCGGUGUUGUGAUGCUUGGCAGAUCUGAUGGUACGCUUAACCCUAAUGGUGUUCGAUUUGGUAGUGCUGAAAUCUACAAUGUGGUGGAUAAAUUCAAUGUGGAUGGAGGCGUUGAAGACACUUUGUGUGUAGGACAAAAGAUCAAGGGUGAAGAUGAUGAGCGAGUGAUUUUGUUCUUGAAGAUGAAGGAUGGCAGCAAGACUAUUUCAGAUGAAUUUGUAAAGAAACUCAAGACAACCAUUCGUAAUGAAUUGAGUCCUAGACAUGUGCCUGCUUUUAUUUUGCCCAUUGCUGAUAUUCCUCACACUAUCAAUGGUAAAAAAGUCGAAGUGGCUGUUAAGAAAAUUUUGUCUGGACAAAAAGUUACUGCUACUGGUACUUUAAGCAAUCCUGAAAGUCUUGAUUUAUAUUAUGAUAUUCCUGAACUAGUUCAAUAAACCUAUUAGAUUAUGUAAUAA